AUUUCCCAUAUACAGGUAACACAUGGAACGAUAACUGUAUCCCAUAUACACUGACGUACCUUUAACACAAAGGAGGGUGGUUAUUCCGCUAAGUUCCAUCAGAAUACAUCAUCGGGUGGGACUAGACGCUCUUUUCCUGUAUACAGCAAGAACUACCGAGAAGGAUGUCGGGACACUGGUCACAUGACUACCUAGCUGGUGGAGUAGGAGGUGCAGCAGGACUCCUGGUUGGUCAUCCAUUCGAUACCGUAAAGGUUCAGUUACAGAUCAGAGCACUCGGCCAGCGUUACCAAGGGACGAUUGACGCUGUAUCCGGCAUCAAUCAGACAGGCUGGGUACGGGGAUUUUUCCGAGGACUGUCAUGGCCUCUGUUUACCUUCGGUAUAGUAAACAGCAUACUUCUUGGAGUCUAUGGCAACACAAUGAAGAUCUUAGAAAAGAAGGACCCAAAAGACCGGAAGACGCAUUAUACAAAUGUGUACUUGGCCGGAUGUACCGGUGGAGCAGCCUUCCAAGUGGUAGCAAUACCAUUUGAUUACAUAAAAGUAGUUCUUCAAUCGCAAAUUCAGCACAAAAAGGAAGGUUCUUUUGAUUCUCGACAACGGAUGCAGUAUUUUCGAGGACCUGUAGAAUGUACCAUUCACACAUAUCGUACAUUAGGCCUAUCAGGUUUGUACAAAGGUGGGACUGUCAUGGCUGUACGGGACGUUCCAACCUGUGGCCUGUAUAUGCUCACAUAUUCCUAUAUUGGCGACUUUCUCAGGGAAAAACAGUGGACAGACAGUCGAGGCAUCGUCGCCGAGCUUAUCUCCGGAGGAUGUGCAGGAAGUUUGGCCUGGUUUGCCACCAUGCCUUUAGACGUUAUAAAAAGCCGAUACCAGGCAGAUUUUAAUGGUGUUUAUAAAAGACCUCUUGAUUGUGCCAUUGCCAGCUAUAAAGAGGAGGGUUUCCGGGUGUUUUAUAGAGGGACUUUUGUUACUUGUUUACGUGCUUUCCCGUCAUGCGCAGUGGCAAUGCUGGUAUAUUCCUAUGUAUUGGAUGUAUUAAAGUAAACAUUGAUAAUUA